AUGGCUCCGAUCAACGCCUCCUUCGGCGCGGCGGUGUUGUCACUACUUUUUCUGGCGUCAUCGACAACGGCCUUCAACAUCACGAGGAUCCUCGGCGAGUUCUCCGACUUCUCCACCCUCAACAGCCUUCUCUCCCAGACGAAGCUGGCCGACGAGAUCAACCGGCGGCAGACAAUCACCGUGCUGGCAGUCGACAACGGCGCGAUGGGCGCCAUCUCGGCCCUCCCUUCGGACGUCCAGCGGAAGGUGCUCACGGUGCACGUCGUCCUGGACUACUACGACGCCGACAAGCUCCGCGGCAUAAAGAACGGCUCCGCCAUGCUGACGACGAUGUUCCAGUCCACCGGCCAGGCCACCAACCGGAUGGGCUUCAUCAACUACACCAGGCGCGCCGACGGCGUCAUGAUGUUCGGCUCCGCCGAGCCCGGCGCCUCGCUGACGUCCCAGAUGGUGAAGUCCGUGGCAUCCCGGCCCUACAACAUCUCCGUGCUGCAAGUCAGCUCCGCCAUCGUGCCGCCCAGCAUCGGCUCCACUGACGGCAGCAAAGCUCACGCUCCGGAGAACGCCCAUGCUAAGGCCCCCGCACCGGCGCCCACGCCGUCGAUGAGCAAGAAGCCAAACGCCCCUGCUCCGGCUCCGGCACCGUCCGACGAUUCUAGCGCUGAAGGACCUGCUGAUGCACCUGGCCCGGCGGCAGACGGGCCCGACGUGGACGGUCCGGUGGCAGACUCGCCCGACGCGGAUGGCCCGUCGGCAGAUUCGCCGGAUGCUGAUGGCCCGGCAGGCGCCGAUGCACCGGCAGAUGACAGCGACGAUACCGCGGCCGCCACGGGCAGGGUGGUUGCCCGUGCUGGUUUAGGUGUCAUGGCGCUUGUGUUCAUGGUUGUUUCGCUCUGA